AGGACUCCACUCUCUUGUAUUGCCAAGCUACCUGCAAAUAGAAAGGAAAGAAACAUAGGGACUGAAUCAACUUUUGCAGAGCAAUGAAUAGCGGUAAAGGUGCAGCAAGUUCUAAGACUGAAACAGAAGAUGAAGGCAUCAAUGGAACUGGAAUAGCCGCUGCUAUUGGUGCUGUGGCAGGAGCAGCUCUUUUGGCCUGGGGUAUUGGCAGUGCUCUCUUCUCAAGCCCAGAACCUGAUGCCGGGAAGACAAUGAAAGCUCCUGGAAGGGAUCAUCGCAUGCCCAGGGCUGACUUUGAACGAGACCCAAAAGGCUAUUUCAAAGACCUGCGCAAGUAGAAAGCAGGAAUGUUUAGAGGAUAGGAAGCUGCGAUGUUCUUACCUAUCUCUAUGUGUGUUUUAUAAUUAGCAAUAAAACUUCGAUGAUGCUGUAAACAGGAAUUUCCAGUGCCCCAGACUUUAUUAUAUAACACAAACGAUGCUUUUAUCA